AUGAAGAUAAAUUUAUCUGGUCGAUAUGUGCAAUUAUUGUGUUGGAUGGAGAUGUGUGAAAGUACUUUGAGUGGUGAGAGAUCGCAAGAGAUGUCAGAGAAUACUUUUCAUUCAAUAAAAGCGACUAGUCACGAACGCAGCAUAAAAUUAAUAGCUUUAGCUUUGCUCUUUGGAUUUCUGCCUCUAUCAUUAGAAGUGAAGAUGUAUGAAUGCUGGGCAAGCAGCGCGGCUCAACAAUUUGCAAUGAAAGUUUUAUUGAUUUUCCUGGGGACAAAGAAAAAGUCUAAACUGUCGUUGAAACUGCCCAAAAAAAGUAAAAAAGGCUCGAGAAAACGAAAAAGAAUCGAUGAGAAGAAAGAAGUUUUUCAAGUUUUCGAAUCUCAAAUUUCGCCUCGCUAUUGGGUUCUUGAUCUCUCAUCCAAUAUGAUGCUUGAUGAACCAGAAUUAGUUAACAAGAUUUUUCAAGCAUUUAUUGAAUUAAAUACAUCCAGAAAAAUGGGAAAAGAUGCUUGCUGGAUAAAUAGAAAAUUAACGGUAAAAGCAUAA